AUGAAAAAUAUAAUAAGUGCAUUAAAAGUUUUACCUUUUGAAAAUAAGAUAUGUCAGCUUCCAAUUGAUGAUUCUAAAAUUAACAAGCCAAGAAAGGUAUAUAAAAAUUUAAUAGAACUCUUAGGUUAUUGGUUAUUGUUUCAGUGAUGUAACACCAGAACAAAAGGAAAAUCCAAGAUUGAUAGCACAUUCAAAAUCAGCAUUUUCUUUAAUCAAUGUAGAUUUGGAUGUUAAAAAUGAAGAGAAUAUUUAAAUAUUAGCUGGUAACUUAGUACCUUCUUUGGCAAGACCAUUAGCUCAUUGUUAUUGUGGUUAUCAAUUUGGAAAUUGGGCAGGAUAACUUGGAGAUGGAAGAGCUAUUACUUUAGGAGAUUUAAAUGGAUAUGAAUUAUAAUUAAAAGGAUCUGGAUUGACUCCUUAUUCCAGAUUUGCUGAUGGAAAAGCUGUAAUCAGAUCAUCCAUUCGGGAAUAUUUAUGUUCUGAAUUUAUGUUUCAUCUAAAUAUUCCUACAACUAGAGCUGCUUCACUUGUAAUUACAGAUACAAAAGCAGAAAGGGAUAUAUAUUAUGAUGGACAUCCUAUAUAAGAAAAUUGUGCAGUUGUUUUAAGAAUUGCAGAAACAUUUUUAAGAUUUGGAUCUUUUGAAGUAGAAAUUGAUUUAAAUCCUAAAAAUACAAUCAUACCUCAACUUUGGAAUUAUUGCAAAAAAUAUUACUUUGCAGAUAAAGAAAAUCCAUUUUAAGAAAUUGUUAAUAGAACAGCAAAAUUAGUUGCAUAAUGGUAAUGUUAUGGAUUUUGUCAUGGUGUAUUAAAUACAGAUAAUAUGAGUAUUAUUGGAUUAACUAUUGACUAUGGUCCAUUUGGAUUUAUAGAUUAUUUUAAUAAAAAUCAUAUUUGUAACAAUAGUGAUAAAGAAGGUAGAUAUAGUUAUGCUAAUUAACCUUAAGUGUGUUUAUGGAAUUUAAAUAGAUUAAGUGAAGCUUUGGAAAGUGUCAUACCUAAAGAUUAAAGUAAGUAAAUUAUUUAAGAUUCAUAUUGGGUUUAAUAUAAAAAAUGGUAUUAUCAUUAUAUGCUAAGAAAGUUAGGAUUAAUUGAUGAAAAUUAGAUGGAAUUUACAAAAUCUUAAUGUAUUUUAAUAGAUUCCUUUUUUGAUAUAUUACAUUAGAGUUGUACAAAUUUUACAAAAGUAUUUUAAAUUUUACAAUAAAUCGAAAUACCACAUUAAAAUUAUGUAGAUGAAGAAGUUGAAUUAAAUCAAGAAGAUAUUAAAAUUAUAUAAUAAUUGGUUUAAAUUUCAGCACCUAGAGAGGUUUAUCUUCAGAUGAGAAAACCUAAAAUAUCAAAAUAAUAAAUUGAUUAAUUUAUUUAAUAUGCUGCUUCAUCUAGAUAAUUAUUACAUAUGUUUGGAAUUGAUGAAAAUUGGCUUUAACAAUAAAUAUAAUUGUAUAAAGAAUAUGAACAAAUACAAGUAAUAUCAGAAUAAGAAAGAUUGAAAAUAAUAUCCUUAUUAUGGUCUGAUUGGGUUAUGUAAUAUAAAUCUGAAACAAAUUAAGCAAAUCGUAUCUAAAUAAUGGAAUAGAUGAAUCCAAAAUAUACAAUUACAAAUACUGUACUCUAAACUAUAAUAUAAGAAGUGGAAACCAAUUAAAAUUUUGGUUUAUUAUAAAAAAUUUAAUCAGUUAUUGAAAAUCCAUAUGUGAAACAUACAGAAGUAGAUGAAAUUUUUAAUUAAAUUUGUAAUAAUGAAAUUUGUGUUAGUUGCUCUUCAUGA